AUAGAAAGAGCAAAAUGUCUGCCGUAGCUGGAGGUGCGUUUGGAGCUGGUAAAGCAGGGGCACCGUUUGAUCCUCUUCAGUUUAUAAAAAGACCUCAAGUUAUUCUUAGGGGAAUUAGCUGGGUACGUUUUCCUCACACGUUUACCGGUUGUUACUCUUUGAAUAUGUUUGUGAUCUUGUUUUCCUGAAAUUUAAAAUUAGGACGGGGACGGACCCAGGCCAGAGGCAUAGAUUAGACCAGGGCAGCAGGGGACUAGAGGCGUAGAUCAGGGAAAAAAUGGGGAAUAGCAUAGGCAUAGGGUGACAUGGCAAUCCUUUAUUUUAGCGCUGUUACAAUUUCUAGUAAAAUAAAAUUCGGCUUACCUAAAAUAAAAUUCCUUUUUACUACAUUAAUUUUCAUUAAAAUUAUGGCCGGCACUACGUACACUGCGGCGGUGUACCUAGCGAAACUAUUGACUUUGGCCUGCGUACACCGCGGCGGUGUACCUAGCUAAAUUGUGGUCUGUGGCCGCGAUUUAAAGUAGCAAAGCCAUGGUCUUUGCCAGUCUUUAACUUUUUGGCCUAACUGGUACUUGUAGAGUAGAUUUAAUGUUAUACUCUUGUUAAAACUGAAAACUAUUUAUUUAAAAUUCGUUUAGUACCUUGGGAGGACAAUAUUGUGUAAGUGUAAGUUCCACGCUUAUACUUAUACUUAUGUGGCAAAGUACUUGUACUUGUAGAGCAUUUCUUAUUAUUUAUUGGAAGGGAGGGGGCUUGGGGUGUAAUGUUAAACCAUGAUUUAUUUUUAAAGUUAAUCCCUUUACACUUUACUUUAUUUCCCCCAAUAUAAUGAAAUACAAAUAUAUUUAUUAACUCUCCGGCAAUGCUACUUCCGUAUUUAAUUUAUUUGCCUGAGAAAGGGAAGAAACCCCGUUUUGAAAUUGUUUACAUUUUUUUAAUAUGUAUUUAAGCUACUAAAUAUUUUUUAAUGUUAAUGAAUAAAGAACAAAUGCAACAAAAAAUGAAUAAGGUUUAAUAUAAAUAUAACAUUAGCGGGGAAAAAAUAACGAACAAUGACCAAAAAAUCGAUUUUCGGCACCUCGGACGAACACAUGCGACAUAUAGACGCGCCGUACUAAAGCACACAUAGUUUUAAAGUGAAACAAGAUAAAAACUUCCGGUUUUUAAAUUAAAAUCACGCUGAACCACACCAUCGCCGGAAGUCUCGAGGGAUGCGAGAUUUCAUUGCUAUUUUUAAAUAGAUAUGAGAGAGGUGUGUCGCUAUGCGCCGGGACGCAUUUGGACGCAUCCGGCGAAACCCGUAAAAGACGCAUCUAGUCGCAAACGUCGGGAAUGAGUUAAUUGGAGUAAGUUUUAGCCAAUGAUUGUGAAUGAAGUGGUUAUGCGCAGCCGACUGCGUAUAACCCUGAGAGUUAUACGCAGUCGGCAAGUCACGUGACGUCUGUAUUCUUCCUGUUUUACAGUAUCAAUCAAUAAGGAUGCCUCGUUAUUGGGGUGACUGGGUGGUCGAACGGUACAAACUGACCAAACCUCAAGAUGGUGGUCUUGAGUUCAAUUCCAGCCAACGGCAAGCCAUGAUUACGUGUUAGUUGUUAUGUUUGUUCUCGAAGAUGAAGCCAAAUCAACUAGGCUUAUUGUUUUAAUUUUGUUUUGGCUAAAAAAUGUUAAAACAUGAGAAGAAUUAUUAACUUGACCAAUGUAAUGUUAAUAAUGUUAUUCUUAUAAUUAUCAAAUAUAUUUUUGUGUUGUUAACUAAUUUUGUGGCAGAUAAAAUCAUGUUUCUCUGGUACAGUAAUAAAUAUAAUCAUGGGUUGAGAGUAGCAGUAAAAAAAUCGCUGUAGGGGCAGGGGUUCUGUAGAGGGAUCACUGUAAGUAAUACUUUCACACAGUUAUAGUUUUGCAUGGAAGCUGAAAACUGUUACAUUAAGGUCAUCAAAAAAAAAAAGAAAAAAAGAAGAUAAAUAGAUAUAAUUUUUUAAAAAAUAAAUAGAAUAUAUUUCCUGAAUUAGUCAGUAAAACCAACCACAUUGUCAUAGCAACAUAUAAAAACCUAAUCAAUCAAAAUACAUAACUAGACUAAGACCGCGUUAGGCUUCGACUCUAAGAAAUGUAGACUUUGACUUAUACUUAUACUUAUAAUUAUAAUAUAUAAGAUACAAGCAAUAAUACUAAUAAUAGCACUAACACUAAUACUAUUGCUAUCAUCAAUUUCAAUAUUAAUUAAAAUUAAUUCAAUUAAAAUUUUACGUUAAACACAUCCAAAGUUAUAGUUCUAAACAACCCGUCAUGCAACUAAUUACGCAUAAUAUUUUUUUUUUUAAAUUGCCAAACAAGCGAUUGAUAAACCUUAUUUGGCUAAAUUCCUAGCCGACUGCGUAUAACCCUGAGAGUUAUACGCAGUCGGCUGUGAAUAACCCUCAGGGUUAUGCGCAGUCGACUGCGUAUAAGGCUUCCCUAUUGUGAAUCUCAAUAGGCAUAGCUAAGGGGAGCUAGUUUGAAAUUAUUCUAUUUAACUCUUAGUAAAUUUUAGUUAGGGACCUCGGCAUCGACCGGAAAUACCCUAAAAACAGAUAUCGUAAUUUCGUUGUCAAAAUGGCUACCUCCACUUUUUAAUUUACUGAGGGUAUCAUUGUUUCGCCUUUUAUGGUCGAUUAUAUGCAUAAUAAUAAAUUCUACAUCAACCAAAUACUUAAAGCCAACAUCUUGCUUGUUGUAUAGAGAGUUCGUUUGAUUUUUUUUUUAAAAUAGGGGAACUUAACUCAUCAAUAACUUUUUUUAAAAAAAAUGGUUUCUUUAAGUUAUGGGGUCAUUUAUAACAUAUCCAAAAUUCAUGAGGGUAGACCAUCGGCAGGCUUCAAAAACAAAAAUCUAAGAGGUCAUGUUUUUAGGCUAUGUAUUUUGUCAUUAAGGCCACCAUGCUUGUCUGCUUAUUUGAUAGCAGCCGUGGGGUAGUUAAUAAUUCAUUAAAUUUGUUUUACAGAAUAUAAAUGGGAAAUAUAACUAUAAAUAAAUCAUUUAAAUAAAUAAAACAAUGUUUUAUAACAUAAACAAUUAUUAUUGGCUUAUGAAAUAUCGUUGUUUUUAAAAUUUAGGGGUUGUUUGCCAUGGACUUGGGAUUGAUAACCACUUGUAUUUGAUUUUGAUUUAGAAUAGGCUUAGUUGAAAUAUAAUAUUAUAAUAAUAGUAAUGAUUUGGUGAGUGGGAUAAAAAGCUUAAUAAAUAAUACAUUAUAUUAGUUUAUAUAUUAUAUGAAUAUAUAUAGGCCUACAUAUGAUUUAUAUAUAUAUAUAUAUAUUGUUAUAUGUAUAUAUAUAUUUAUUUAAUAUAUUUAUAAGCCUAUAAGCUUAGUAUAAUAAAUAGUAUAGGCCUAACUCCAACCCAAUUUAUUAUUUGUAGGGCUUAUUGUAAAAAAAGUAUAUGUAAUGAAAUUUUACGCUAUAUUAUCAUAUUAUGAUUCUGAAGGCAUAAAAUAAGAAAAAAUAUAAAAAAAUAUUCACUUACCUUUGGUAUUGAAAUGUCCUAUAUUUAAUCGCAUAUCACAAAUAUUCCACAAGAGAAUUAUUGUAUAAUCCUAAUUAUUUGCAAAGAAAACACACACUUUCUGCCACAAUAAUCAAGGAUUUUUUAAGAUAUUAUUAAAGAACUAUAAUACAAACUUGUACUUACCUCAAGCAAAUGGCUAGAAAUUAUUUUAAUUUUUAUCAACCGCAAAAGUUGAUUCUUUCAAUUCAUAUUGAUUUGUGAAACAACAUAUGACUACUUAAAAUAAAUGACAUACUAAUUUUUUGUCAUAUUCACGUAGGACUAAAAUACAUAUAUAGAAAAUGGUAAAAUAAAAAGUGUAAUUGUAAAUUUUAACUAAAUGAAACAAAUAACCCUUUAUUAUUUGUUUAUACUUAUAAAUAAUAAACAAUGCCACUGAAAAUUUAAAAUUAAUAUUUCAAGAUUAUUAUUAUCAUAAGUUUAGGAAAUUAUAAAAAAAAUAUUUAAACAAAAUUAAUUAAUUAAUUACAAAUAAGUGACCAGUCAGCAUAUUUAAACAUUUUUAAUAGGAAAAAAUACAGUUUUUUUUCCAAAAUGUUUGCGGCAUAAUAACAAAAGCUUACUUACAUUUUGUGGCUUUAUUUAGAAGUUAACUAUGUUCCCUGUAAGUAUUAUAUUUUUGUCUCAUUUUAUAAUAAAGUUAUAGGCGUUUAAUGAAAGGCAAAAUGAGUGUCGCAAGUGUGGAGGAAAAUCCCAUUGUGAAAAAGUGGUUUUGAGGUCCCUACUAAAAAGUUCAUAACUUUUUAACCACUUGAGCUAGAAAGUUGAUCUUUGUGUUUUUGUAAUCUACUCUCCAUGCUCUAUACAGCUGUAGUAUUGUUAUAUUUUUAAAAAUGUUUUGAAAUUUUCAUCAAAGUACCUAUUUUAGUAAGUUCGUAGUGGUAGUAGGUACUUUGAUAAAACAAAUUAAAGCUUUUUGUAAAAAUAAACCAAUGGCAUAGUUGAAUAGAGCUAAUUUUUUUGAAAAGAAUUAUAACACCAAAAUCUUAUUUUUAGCUGUUUAAGUUUAGUUUAGUUUUAAAGUUAUUAAUUUUUAAAGUACGACUUGAUUUGUCCUUUUUUAACAUUGAAUAGUCUAUAACAUGGACCGCAUCUCCACAUUCUGUGACCCAAUUCCGCUGUUUGCGUCACGAGCUAUAUUAGGUACUUUGACGGAAAUUUUAAUUAGGCUAUUGUCCUAUUGCCAUAAUUGAUACAUCAUUUUAAAAUUUAAAGGGCUUGUUAUAAGUAGGCAUCUCAAUACUUACUAGCGCAUUCGGUCUGCGCAUAUCAAAAAAACUGAAGUGGCCAUCUUACAAUCGCUUCUACAGUGACUUUGGAUUUAUGUGUUUUACGUCACAGUUUCUAAUUAUAAAUUAACUUUGUAAUUGAUAACAUAAAAUAUUUGUCUUACGGUGAAGCGCAAUUUUCCCAAUGAGGGGAACCUCCAUUUUUUUUUCGAUGUCACUUUGAAAAUUCGGUAAGCUAAAAAUUACUAAAAAUUUCAUUGCUUAGCGAUUGCACCACAUUGGAACCCAAACAAUGGUCUUUAGCAUCUAAAUUGGAUGAGGAAUAACUUUGAAAUAGUCCAUAUUCCAAUAUCCAGGUUAAUACUAACCCUUUCAGAUUUUCAUCACCCUCCCAUCACCGGAGGGAAAAAAUAAAUUUCUCCAUAUUUUGCAUCUUCACUGGAAACAAAAAAUUUGCUCUCGGUAUCAAUCAAAGGAGAGUUUUAAUAUUCCAUAAUCUUUAAAUAUCUGAAUAAAUCUAAGUAAAUUGUAAUUUUAGAAUACAGAAAUCGAAAAUAUACAUAAAAAUUAAUAUAAGUUUGUUUCCACCUAUUAUUUCUAGAUCUACUACUACAAUUUACCUAUAAUUCAUAGGUUGAAGCUUAGCCAUUAAUCCUAAGUUUUAAGUACCGGUACAAUUUACUAAUCUUUUUACUAAUCUAUAAGUAUAAGUAUUAAUAUUAAGCCCCAAAGUUCAAAGUUUAAUAAAGUAAUACAAAUUUUCUAAUACUACAUAAGGCCUAAUUUACUUAUUCAAAUUGUUAAUAUAUUGUUAAUUUCCAUAUUUAAAAAAUAAUUAACUUAAAAUAAGUUUUAAUAAUAAUAUCAUAUCAUAUAUCAUAUCAUUUAUAUAUAUAAAAGUGAAUGUUUGUGGGUGGGUUUGUUCCUCAAAGGCUUUUACAUGUAUUCGUGGAUCUUGACCAAACUUGACACAUAUAUCCAUCAUUAUCCUGAAGGAACUCUUAAGGGGUUGUGAACUUUUAGAACAUUCUGUUUGGGGCCGGGGGCCCAAAAUGUUGUUUUUUUCCUAUACUAAAAGAUAAUCCAUGAAUGGAUGGAUCUUGACCAAACGUAGUAUACAUACACUUUAUUAUCCAUAUUAAAAUACCGAAGGGUAUUGAAGUCAUAAUAUCCAUUCUUCUGGGGCCGUGAAAAAGGAUAACAUCGGAAAAGAGAGUGCCUAGGUGAAACAGGAUUCAACAGUGUACGGUAUUCUUACGUGAUCGGUAGUCCAUCGGGAUCCACCAAGAUGGGAUCCCAUCGGAAUCGAGAAAUCGACAGGAUUGUGAUCCCACCGGGAUCGGGAUGACACCUGGAAACAGGAUUGUUCUGGGAUCAUCAUCAGAAUCACUUAAAAUCUCUUUUUAAAAGCUUUCAAAAAUAUUUCUAUGAGUUCUUGCACUGAAGGCUCUGCCGACCAUAGUUCUUGAGUUAAUAAUAUAGCUAUGCAAUUGUAUAUAUUAUUUAAAUAAAGGUACAAAAGGGGUCUUUAGUGAGCAUAGCACAAAACUUUUUCAGGAAUGAAAACUGAUACAAGAUUAUAAGCUCAUUUUAAUUAAGCUAUCACAUUUUGCAUGACCAACUAAUGCUUGUAAAAAUAGUUACAAUUAAAUAUUUUAUUUAGUAUAAGAAAUUUAGCUAUUGUAAAUUAUUGUUUCAUCUUUGGAGAAAAAAAAAAGUACCUUUUAUCCUCUACAGUUAUUUGCCAUAGUUGUCUUCAGCUGCAUAUCAUCUGGAGGAUGGUAUGCUCAUUCAUGUAUCAUGAAUAAGGAUGAUAAUGCUUGUGGCUAUGGUACAGGCAUAGGCGUUCUAGCCUUUCUCAUUUGUAUUGGAUUUCUUAUCGUCGAUGCUUUAUUUGAGAAUUUGAGCAGUGUGCAGCACAGGAAGUAUGCAGUUCUUGCUGACUUGGGAAUAUCUGGUAGGCCUGACUUACACACUUUACUAACUUGAUAAAUUUUUCUGAAAGAAUAUUGGUGUAUUUAUUAUGGCUUCAUCAGUGACUUUAAAGUAAUUCUCGAUAAUGGCCAUCCAUAUUAACUUUAUUCCUCGAUAUGCCCACAGAGCAACAAUAUUACAUGAGUAUAUGUUUCCAUUAAAUGUUUUGUUUAAAAAAUAUAUUUUAUAUUUUUUGAAAUUCCUAGCUACCUGUAUUUACUCAUUUCUGAGAUAUAAUGAACAAUUGCUAUUUGGCUUUUAUAGUACGUUUUAUUUGUUCCGCUGGCAGAUGUAUUUUCCAUGCUAUUUAAUGAAUAGGUAUUAGACUAUUUAAAUUUGGACAUAAGCCUAUUAUUAUUUUUUAACUUUUAGGUUUGUGGACAUUUUUGUGGUUUGUUGGAUUCUGUUAUAUGACAGAUGCUUGGCGAAGGACAGAAAAAAUACAACAUGGUGGAAGAGAUAAUGUGCAGGCUGCCAUAGCUUUCUCUUUCUUCUCCAUUUUUACUUGGGUAGGAAAUCUCCUAAUUAAUGUUUUUAACAAGUAGAAACAAAUUAAAUAAUAUUAAAUUUGUAACUUUGGUUCGCAUAAUGUGAUACAGAAGCUCAGGUUCACUUAAGAAAUAAAUUUUUUACCUUAUGUUAAAGUAUCUUGAAUAAAUCUCCUAAAAAUUUUAAGUUAUUAUACUAUAAAUACUUUUGUAAUUAAAUACAAAGUUUUAAAAAUGUUCUAUAUUUUUAAUCAUGAUUCAUAAUUUUAUAUUUCUUAAAGGGAGGGCUGACUUUCUUGGCUGUUCGUCGUUAUCGUUUGGGAGCCCAGGAAGCUUUUGCCUCUGGAUAUGAUCAGGAUCCCAAUGCUUCUUCCCCCUACAGUUCUUUCCCAGGAAGUGAUACUGGCGACCCUUAUCAACAACCUCCAUUCAGCCAACAGAAAGAGACUCCAGACUACCAGCAACCUACAUAUUGAUUCUAGUCAACUUUUAUCCAGUUAUUUAAAUUUGUGUAGACGUGGAGUGGAUGAAAAUAAUACAGAAGCAGGGAUCUGUUUAGUAGGUAAUAGAUGUGUAUGUAGUUAUGUACAGUAUGGUGGUAUCCAUCUAUUCAUUUUUAUUUUUUAAAGUGUGUAGACUAGCCAUGAGUUUGUCAUGGAGAAACACAAUUACAUGUGCAUUCUGUCCUUUUCUUUUUCUUUAGUAUGGUUCCAAAAUCAUAAUUUCAAGGUCUUGAAUUUAAAGUUGGAUUGUGUUUCCUCUGUGUUAUAAUUGAUAAUGGUUCAGAGGAAUUAUUACACCCUUGUUUUGAAGCAUGCAUUAGCUUUGUGCUUAACUUAAAUUAAACCAACUAUUUAAAACAACAUUGAAAAGUACAUCUGAUCUUUAUUUGUUGUUAUGGAAAGAACAUUAUUUUAAAACUAAGUUCAAUGCCAUUACUUUAACAUCAGGCUUUAAAAAUAAAGAUUAAUAUUUUCUGGUGUUGAUUUAUUGGUUAGAAAUCAUUAUUUAGCACAUAUUUUUUAACUGAUUAACUACCAGAUUGAAAAACCCGCUGUGGCCGAAUUAAAUCAAGGUCACAUUUUCUCAUUUUAGGUGUAUAUACAAAUUCAGCUGCAGAUUUCUUAAUUAUAAACAUAUUCUAAUGAUUAAUAAACCAUUUUGUAGGUAAUUGAAUCGUCUAUAAGAUAAACAUAAAAUAUUUGUAAAGUUAAGUUUUGUUAGGAAAUUAUUGUAAAAUUAGUAUUUACAACAGAAAAACAAUAAAAAAUAUAUAAAUGUGCCAACUUCCAUACAAAUUUUAAAUUUCCAAAUCAUUUAAAGCCUUGUAUUUGGUGGUUUCCAAAUAGUAUAUCCAAUAAUAAGAAAAAUGCACUGUUGAAUAAUAUUUACACUUCCAAUCACUUAUAUGCCUUUAGUAACCCUGUCACUUGUUGCCACGCAAACAAGUAAUACAAUUUUGUAACUAGCUUGGAAAUUAAAUAAAAUAACAGCUGGUUUUUUUAAAACAUUCUGCCAAUAGCAUGCGGUUCGAAUAUAAACAUCCUGUCUGUAAAUUAUUAUCUCGAAGCUAAACAGGAACAGAACAAUAUAAAUAUUUGACUCGAUUUAAUAGGAUUCAAACAUUGGCGCUACAAGCGGCUCGUGGCCAUAACGGAAGAAACGCCAAGCCGCUAACACCGGCUCAUGGUAGUUAACCAUUUAAAUAGCUUUCUAUGCCUUUUUAAAAAAUAUUAUUCCAAGACAAAACACUAAUUGAUCACAAUAAUAAAUCUUAAAUGUAUUAAUGUCUUGUGCAUUUAUUCAGUUUGCCUAUUACGUGUGACUGAAAUUAAUUUCCUUUAUUUCUUUUUUUUUUAUUUCUUUUCUUUUUUUUAUAAUUUCUUCAAAAUGUGUACUAUUACUAUUAACUUCCUCUUCAUCACAUGGCAAUGCAACUAAUACACGUAAAGUUUCAUUCAUUGAUUUUAUUUAAUUAUUUCCACCAAACUAGUUGUAUUAUGAGAUCCAUUAGUUUGUUUUACAUUUGGCUGUAUUUCAACAUAUGACAAAGCAUUUCUCAAAGCUUCAACACACAACUUUGUCAUACAACUCUUUAAAUUGUUAAAUAUAUCAUUAUGUCAGUUAUUUAAUGUAAACUAAAUAUUUUGGAUGAUUUCCAGAUGUAUUUUUAUUUUGUUUAGGAUUUAAUUUAAAGUUAUUUGUUUAUGGUUCAGCUAAUGUAAUAAAUCAGUGAUUUAAAUACUAUUACAACAAAUGAAAAUUACACAACUCACACAAUAAUAUUUAUUGCAAUUAAUUUAUGUGGGGCUGAUCUCUUAGAAUUAUAUUCAAAUGAGCAGAGCUGCUAAACCUUAAAACAUAUAUUAUGACAGUACGUUAUUACAUGGACGUUCAGUCUUGUAAUACUUCAUGAAAUGGUGUAGUAUGUAUCAUACUGCAAAUGAACAACAAUAAUAUUUUAUUAGAACUCUGAAAUGAACUUUUAUGAUGCUGACCAUUUCUGGGUAUCUCAAGAGUACUUUCAAAACAACUCUGGAGUAGGCCAACUUGAAAGACUAUAGACAGACUGUAGGUUAGUAGAGUAUCGAUGGAACUGCUUUAAAACUGAUAGGGUUGUUGUCAGUGGCAGCUCUGUCUCUUAAUGUGUUUGUUAAUUUCUUGUUGUUUAAGUGGAUUUUGUAAUCUUAGUAUUCUUGGUAUAUUUUCUUUAAAUCUAAAAUUUCCAUGAGUUGAAUAUGCUAACACUAUUUAUCUCUGAAAGCAAUAAUUGUGUUGUGAGAUUAUUCUUUUUAAGAAAUAUUUUUCUUAUUGCCCCAUAUUCUUGAUAGCAAUUAGCAAAAUGGAAAUUUCAUUAAGAAUUAUUAUUGCAAGUGAAAUAUGCAAUAUAAGCUUUUGAGUUUUCAGAUCAAAAUGUGUAUUACUCUUCUUAAAACAAUUUUGUGUUACUGAAGAAUCUUGGUACUAUAAAUCUUAAGCUUAAAAUAUUAAAUAUUAGGUACCAGCUGUAAUUUUUUAGCUAAAUUUUGAAUUAAUUUUAUUACUGUAACUCACAUGCUGCUCACAAACUCAUUAUAUAUAAAAGAACACUUUUCUUUGCUUAUGUUUAUUUCAUUUGCAUUUCUGUGAUUUAUGUUAAUAUAACAUAUUUUACUUAUAAUGAAUACAUGUUAAAGAUAUGAAUUUUGUUUUUAAAUGUUCAUGGAUUUUUAAAUAUUUUUUUUUGCAUCAUGACUUUGUGUUGUGAAUUUUUUUUUGCUAUACAGUAUCAGAUUUACUUACUACAUUGAUUUUAGCAUUGGGUCUAAUGAGAGGCCAAAGAAACUCUAAAGCUUCUCAGUUUGCUAUCAUUUAGGAAGUUGUGAGGGUGUCAUUCUACUCUAGAUGAGCUAACAAGUAAAUAAACAUACAUCAAAAUUAAAGGAAUAGGUGAAACAGAGCAUGGGAAAACUUGAAAAAAUGAACAUAAGAAAACAACGAAGGUGUCGGCAGGAAGCCUUCAUCAGUGAACAAACAACAAUAAAAGCAGAAUUAAUUAAAAAUACCACUUAGCAGAAAAGUAGAAUCCCAGAGGGCAGCAAAAGAAUUGUUUCAGGUUUUCCCAUACUUCGCUUCACUCAUGUACUUUUUUGCUAACCUGGAUGCAGUCUCUCCUCCUUAUUACCAUAAAAAUUAAAGAACAAUCAAAAGCUUAAUCUCAUUUUUAUAAAUAAUUACCAGCCUUUGUAACAAAGAAAUAUUGUUCGAACCUAAUGUUUCAAAAGCUACUACCUAGCUUAAUUGCAUUAAUUUUUCUUCCAUUAAAUUAGCAUUCUGAGUUUCUUAAAGUUAGGUACUAUUUUCAAUACAAUUUUUUAAAAAUAAGUUAUUAGUAUUUAUGCAUCUUUGAAUUUAUUUAAUGUCAUAAUAAACACAACUUUUUUAAUGUGAUAUUAUCAUAGCCAUUGUUGUUAUUACAAGUGUCCAUAGUCACAUUGAUCUGUACUUGAAAAUUUGUUUAGUCAUCAUUUAAAUCUAAAAGAUGAAGCUGCUUUCAUUCCAAGAAUUAUCUUCUAAUGCAUAUUUGAGUUUCUUUUUGUGUACAUUCCACUCAAUUAAAUUAACUUGUAUAGUUUUUACAUGUAGCCAUACCCUGUUGAUGUCAUUACCUAAUGGAAGAUGACUUCUAAAACAAUAAUUUAAAACAGAGAUGGCCAACCUUUGGCACAUUUGUUGCCCGCUGUUUGUAUAAAAAAUAGACUUCUUUGAAUUUAUAUGGAAAAAGAUUUUCCAAGUUAAUUGAGAUAAAGGACAUAAACCAAUUUUCACAUUAUAGUUUGCAUUUUAUCAUGUGAGAGCAUAUCAGUAACCCUCCACAGAAUUAAUUUGUUGUGAGGACAUGCGGCCAUGAAAAGUUAACUCACUACCAAAUGGCAAGGGAGGCCAUUUGGGUUGGCUAACACCGAUUUAAAAUAUCAUUACUGAACAGGUUUAAUUCAAUUUCAAAUUAUUGAUACAGGUUUUUAUUUAAUUUCAUUCUUACAUGUUAAUAAUAAAAUUAACACUACUACUUCUAGCAGUUCACCUAUUAGAUUUUUAACAAUAAUGUUCAAAGGCGCAUUGUUUUAUUUUGUAAAUGAUGAUGAAAACUUCACCAAAAAAAAUUCCCAAGUACAGAUAAUUCCUAUUAGUAAUUAACCUGACGAAGUUUUGAUUAAUUCCAAGUUAAUAUGUUUAUCAUCUUUUGUGCAUAUUUAUUCAAUGCAUACUUUUUUUAUUUUCUUAUCUGAUACAUACUCUGUAGUUUCAAUUUUCUCUGUCAACAGGUUUUAUUAUUAUUUUUAUCAAAUGCAAGAGUUAACACCUUUUAUGAUUUUAGAAAAGCGUUACAGGACAAGUUUGGAAAGGGGGGAAAGGGCGC